GUUGUCGUUCGUCUACCGCAUGUCCAAGUCAACACCGUCAACAACGCGUCUUGCCCUCUGUUAGGAUAUCAAUCAUGGCUACAUCGAACUCUGGCAUGUCCCUACCCGCGUUGGACCCUCCUACGUCUUUCGCCUUCUACCCCUACGGCCUGUCAUCUCAGAGGCAGACCCAUUCUUCCAUUCGAGGUCUCUCAUUGCCCUCUACUACCCCCGAUUCCCUGACAGGCGCAGGUCCCGGUCCCAAGACUGAGGAGAUAGUCCGAGAAAAGCUUGCGAGGGCUCGCGCUGAGCGAAGAGCUCUGAUGGGUCGUCGACCUCCGGGUGUCGCACUGGGACGCGAGGCUGAAGAGUUGAGUGAUGAGGAGGCAGCUAUGGAGGACGAAAAGCAAAACAUCAACCUAUUUGGUCAUCGGUUCUUGCUCCCGUUCGGACGUCGCUUAACUCAGAUGGAGAUGGAAGCCGCUCCUGUAAGUGCUGUGUCCAGGAACUUCAAACCACGGGCUCAUAUGCCCUCAGUCGCCUUCACCCUCUGAGCCGGACCAAGAAAGACGUCAAGAGGACCGCGAUGCGGGGUCGCCUGUGUCUCCAUCAACGAAUCAGGUGCAACAGCAAGAUGGUGCAGAGGAUCAGGAAGAAGCUGUGGAUCUAGAUGCAAGCAUAGAGGACAUGGACGCCUCGAUGGAGGUCGAUGUCAUUAACGAGGAGGGGACGAGCGGAGAGAUGGAGG